UGUUCUUGGCUGGCAGAUGUCUGUCUUGUUCAAUGUGCAAGGGGAAACAGAAGGAAGAACACAAGCUGCAUCAUCUUUGAAAUAAACAAGUUUCUGAUUGGCCUGGAGCUCGUUCAGGAGAAGCAGCUGCAUAUAGAGGCUGGCAGCUUGAAGCCAGAUGAUGAUACUAACUGCUCUGUAUCUUCAAUAGAAGAAGAUUUUCUCACAGCAUCAGAACACUUUGAAGAUGAGGAUGAGGAUGAUGAAUAUAAACAAGGUGAAGAAAAUCUGAGUGCCAUAGAACUUGCAGGUGAAUUCAAAAAGUACAGAGAGGAAGAUUGUGAAGACUUGCAUUGCAAAAAGGCCCAAUUGCCCUUUUUUCUGAAAAGUAGCUGCAUUAGUCAUGAAAGCACGGCUUCUGGAACUUCAGGGUCAUCUGAAGAAGAAUAUAAUAGUGAAGCUGAAGACAAUGUUAUACAAACUGUAGAUGAAACCAUUAAGCAGCUUAAUUGGAAAGUUGGAAAGUAUACUACAGCUGGGAAAUUUAAGCCACUCUCUAGUGCUGAUGAUCAGAAAGACUUUUUCAAAAGUGAUAACAACUCUGACAGAUCAGAAAAUGUAUCUUUGACCAUAACAACUAAGGAGGAAAUGAUUUUAUUGGAUGAUAUAACUGCAGGACAAAAAAGUCAUUUGGACAUGUUAGACUGUAGAGUUGAAAGAACACCUCACCCUCUCAUUCAAAAUGAUCAAGCUCCUACAGGUCAGUUUGCAACAAAUUUGGCAGAGUCUGUCCUGCAAGAUGCAUUCAUUAGAUUGUCUCAGUCAACGUUUACCAAAGAAACUGCCCUCAGCAUCUCUGUCAGCAACUCCUUAACUUCAACAGUACAUGCAACACAGAAUGAGAUGGCAUGCCGGUCAUGGAAUGUACUUCCAAAAAUUGUUAUUGUUCAGAGUCCAGAUGGUUCUGAUAAUGUGUCUGAGUGGCCUGGGUCUAACUUCCCAAACUUGCAUCCUUGGUCUGAAGUUGAACAUUCUUCUGAUGCUGCAGAUUGGUUCCAAGACAAUAGUCCCAGUGAAAGUACUCAGAGUACUUUGGAAGUAGCCUUGGCCUGUGCAGCUACUGUCAUUGGUACCAUUUCAAGUCCACAUGCUGCAGAAAAGUUCAACGAACAGGAAUCCAUGACCUCUACAGUGACUGUGGGUGAUCAUGAAGAACUGGAGGAAAAAAAUUCCCAAAGUGCCAAUAGUAAUUGUAUCUCUGUGGAUUACUCAUUUCCACCUGCCCUUUCAGAUAUGGCUCAGGUGGCAAAUGUAGUUGCUGCUCAUGGACUUGGUGAAAAGAAAGAUGAGUAUCCUGUAACUUCAGGUGGACUCUUAUCUGCAGCUGAGACAUCAGCAGCUGUUACGCUCCAUUGUAGCAUAGCCAUUGGGAGCACCAUGGAGAAUCUGAACAAUAGCAUUGCACAAGCCUUGCUCAAAGAGGCAUCUCUAGUAUUAACCAGACCUGAUGCAUACAGAACUAUAGGAGAAUUUAUGGAGUCUGUAAAUGGAAAAAUUGUUCAGGCUGCAAUGAAGCCCUCAGCCCCCCUUCUGGAUGAGGUCAUUGUUGAUGAACUUGCUCAGAAUUUGUCCAAUAUUAUUCUCAGGCAUUCUGUGGAAGAAGUUAAAAAGAAGCAGCUAUGCUCAGAAAUGAACAUAGAUGCAUGCUCAGAAAGCACACAAGAUGUUUUUACUGCAACUGCAAAUCAGCUGCUAUUUAAUGUAUUAUACUUCACUUGCAAGAAAAUGAAUGACAUUGCACAACUUAAUGAAUGUUCAAAUAUUUGCAUUGUAGAUAAUCUUAGCAAACAGGUAAUGGAACCAAAAGAUGCAACAAAGGAUGUAUUGCAUCAGUCCUCAAGCUGCUACAAUAAUAAGCUUAGUAGUACCUUCCAUGACAAGGAUGAUGUGUUCAUGACAAAUUUGAUGAACAACGUCAAAGGGGAAAUUGGGCCAAACGCCUUGGAAUCUGCCACACUCUGUGUAGAUUCACUAUCUACAGUCAAUGCUCAGAGUUCACCCUGCAGAAAAACAUCUUCCAAGAAAAGGUAUUUGAAAAGAAUCACAAAAGAAUGUUGCAGACCCACAAAUCCUAAUAGCAAUCACAUGAAGACAGAACUCUGUCCAUUUAGUGGCAGAGAAAACUUGACACCAGGCAGUGAAUGCAGACACAGCUUUCAAGAAUUUCAAACUCCCAAUGUCUCCGUAAUGACAGAAAAUCAUGAAAAGUACACAUGUGAUGCAGUAUGGCACAAUGAAAGCCAGCUUAGUGUGCCUUUCUUGGAUAAUCAAGGUUUUCUGCCUACCCGACCUCUGGUAUACUUGAAGCAUCCAGCAGAUAAAUACUGCCUAGCAGAUUUUGCAGAAGAAUUGGCAGAAACAGUGGUUUCCAUGGCAACAGAAAUUGCUGCCAUUUGCCUUGAUAAUUCAAAUGGCAAGCAGCCUUGGUUCUGCGCAUGGAAAAGAGGAAGUGAUUAUUUGAUGCCCCAGGCUUUGCCAUGCCGAUCUAUCAAAAGGAAAAAGGAAACCCAGUCUAGUGGAUCAACUGUGAGAAAACAUAGGCCACCUAGACUUAGUGAGAUCAAAAGAAAAACAGAUGAACACCCUGAACUAAAAGAAUGGCUUAUGAAUAGGGUAGUAGAUGACUCCAUUAACCUUGAUGACACCCUUGAUUUGAGCAAUAACUUUGCAAAUGAAGCAGCUGCUAAAAUUAUGAAUUUAGCUGAAUUCUCUGUGGCUGAUAAUGUGUGGCAGAGUCCAAACCAUCCUCGAAAUAGGCUUCAUUGUGACAGAUGGAAUAGAGUCAAUGCAUCCAGCUGUGAAAGCAUUCCUGAGGAGGACUUGGAUUCUAAAGGGUCUGCAAAUACUUUGGCUCUCAUAAAUACUUUAGGGCAGCCAAUAAGCAGGACUAGUUCAGUCUCCAAGCAGUCCAGUUGUGAAAGCAUUACAGAGGAGUUUUCAAGAUUUAUGGUCAACCAGAUGGAAACUGAAGGCCGAGAGUUUGAUUUAUUACUUGACUACUAUGCUGGGAAAAAUGCAAAUAGCAUUAUAACCUCUGCACUGCAACAAGUCACCAAAAGGAAUGGCCACCUCAACGUAAGGCCAAGUUGCCCAUCAAAACAGUCAAGCACAGAAAGCAUAACAGAAGAGUUUUAUAGAUAUAUGUUAAGGGAAAUUGAAAAAGAACAAAAAGAAAAAGUAUAUUCUGCUAAGAAUGCAAACGAAUGGAGCAGCAGCUUAUUACUUCCCUCCCAACGAUCAUCUUUUUGUUUCAGGCAGUCUUCAGUCCCUGACAGCAGAUCCUCAACAUCUAGGCUAACAGUAAAUAUGCCCAUUAAAGCAAAUUCGUUAGAUGGUUUUUCUCGUAGUAGCCACCGUGAUUCCUUAAGUGUAUAUCCAGUCAGCACAGCAUCCUCUUCAGGGCUCUGUAAAUCAGAUUCUUACCUGUACCAAAGAUGUAGGACUGACCAGGUAACUGACAUGCUCAUUCAUGAGACCUGGGCAAACUCCAUCAAAGCUCUGAUGUGCAAGAACAAAAUAAUUGUAGACAGUGGGGAGGUUGCAGAGCCUAACCAACAUCCUUAUGACUCUCCACCACAUGUUCAGCAAUAUGCACACAGGCUUGCUGCAAAUAUUGUUGAAAGUGGGAAAACUUUAAUUGCCAUCCAGCAAGAUUCCACAAAGAAAGAUCACGUCACAGAAAGCAGCCAUAUCCCAGAAGGGAUGCAAAACAACUCUAAACCAUUUGGAGACAGAAUAAAUUUAGAUGAGAAAGAACAGCAGGCCUCAUUCCCUGGAUUGUUCUCUAUAAAACACACAAGCUCUUCUUCUUGCCUAAGGGAAGUGCCUUUAAUCCAGAUCGAAACAGAUCAAAGACAAGACCUUGAUGAUGCCUCAGAGCCUUUAAAUGAAGUUCACGUUACCUCUGGGAAAACAAGAGAAAAUCUAAUCAAAGGAAAACCCGUAGAUGCAGAUUCAGGACAACAGCUAAUUUCCUCAAAAAGCCAUGGUUUGACAAUGUAUAGUUGCCCUGAAUCUGAAGCCUCUGUGGAAACUAAAGCAAUGGAAGAGUUUCCAGUCCCUCUUAGCAGCAGUGAAGAGAGCACGUGCAGCAGCUGGUGCCAGCUGGCAAACAAUCCUGAUGAUACAAGCAGCUAUUUGCAACUCAGCGAGAGAUCUAUGAGCAAUGGCAACAGCAGUACCUCUAGCAGUCUUGGCAUUAUGGAUCUGGAAAUUUAUCAGGAAAACAUGCCAUCUUCUUAUGCAUUUAAUGAUUUAACAGAAGGAAGGCUUUUCUGUGAGAAAUCACCAGAAAAGAUACAAGCAUGCGCUUCUGGGUUGUCUGUUGAAACUACUAAUGAGCAGAAGGAUCUCUUGGUGAUAAACUUGGACCUGGAACCAGAAUGUCCUGAUGCAGAACUGCGUGCUACGCUUCAGUGGAUUGCCGCAUCUGAACUUGGGAUACCCAUGAUCUAUUUUAAGAAAUCUCAGGAACACCGAAUUGAAAAGUUUUUAGAUGUUGUGCAGUUUGUCCACCAGAAGUGCUGGAAAGUGGGUGAUAUCUUUCAUGCUGUGGUACAGUUUUGCAAGCUCCAUGAAGAAAGCAGAGAGCCAACUCUGAGCCUCUUUGAUUGGCUUCUUGAACUAGGAUAG